UUUAUAUUCAGAGCACCCAUUAAAUUAAGCAAACCGGGGGAACUCCGAGAAGAAUAUGAAAGCCAGCUAAGGAAGCUGAGAGAAGGAAAACUACAAGAAGAAAAAGCUUCUGAGGAUCUGAUUCACAAGUUCAUUCUAGAUGACAUGGACGUAGGAAAAAGAAAAAUGGAAGAACAGCAGAAAAAAGACGAAUCUUUAGUGCUUAAAGUGAACCAAGAGUGUUUUCCUGAACGUCUCUCGGAUUCAGAGAAUGAAGAACCAUUCCAGGGGAAGCAAACACAUCGGUCGGCUUUUGUCUCCAAGACCAGUGCCUACUCCUUUGCUUUCCUUUCAGGGAACCUAACCGCCAAAGUGGAAAGGAGUCGGAGCUGCAACGACACCAUUCAGGAGAGAUCAAAGAGCAGGCAGAGAUCAGCCCCAGCCAACAAAACAAAGGUGCCAUCCGUCACCAGCACGUCGACGCCGCUGGUUGGAGUUUUGUCAUCCACCCAAAACAACCGCUGCCUCUCCGCCCCAGACCUGACAGCAGAGAAACGCCUGGUUCUCAACCCCGUUUCGUCCCUCUCGGCCCUGCACAAGCCAGAGCGAUCCAUCAGCCCCGAGAGCAAUGACAGCAUCUCGGAAGAGCUCAACCACUUUAAGCCUAUCGUCUGCUCCCCGUGUACUCCUCCAAAGAGGCUUCCUGACGGCAGAGUCCUGAGCCCUCUCAUUAUCAAGUCCACCCCGAGAAACCUGAACCGGAGUCUGCAAAAGCCGACCACCUACGAGGCCAGUCCUAGAAUACUGAAAAAAUGGGAGCAGAUAUUUCAGGAGCGCCAGAUCAAAAAGACUCUCUCUAAAGCGACCCUUACGUCCUUGGCUUCGGAGCCCGGGGAAGACGUUAUAGUUCCUGACAUCACCAACUCCAGCAGCUGCACUAAAGAGCAGCCGCAAGUGCAGGAUGAUCACCUUCCACCUGACACAACAGGAGACCCUCGCCCCGAGCUGGAUUUCUUUCCUUCCAUCAGUGAAACGAAGCUGGGAAGAGGGAGUGAGAAGAACAGAGAUUCACAGGCCUUUACAACAGACGACAGCGCUGCUGAACCAGAUGCGAGGUCAAAUGUAACCUCCCUAAACACACGAGUGUCCGAAGUCCCUGACCUAAAAGUGAACACGUUCACGGACAAAUCCUGUCUUAGUCUUGGCCCGAAAAUGCUGAGCAGAAGACUCAUGGGCGUCAGCGCAUCGCUCCCAGACAACAGCACACUAGGAGUCCCCGUCAAGCCAUCGGGAAAAAAGCAGUUGAAAUACCUGAACAACAGCGAAUUGAUCAACGUGCAGAACAGCACCUGCAAUUCCGUUGAGAACAUCAUCGGGGAACAGCCCCCGACGCUGAGACGGGGCCGGAAGAGACGCUGCAAAACGAAGCACUUGGAGCACAACGGCUCUGUCAAAAGACUGAGGCACGCGGCAGGGGAGGUGGGCUUGCCUCCGGAGGAUCGCUUGGUACGGGAGAUGGAGCAGAAGCUCCAGCAAGAGGAGGAGGACAGGAGGUUGGCCCUGCAUCUGCAGCGGAUUUUCGACAGCGAGAAUAGGACAGUGGAUAGGCGGAAAGUCAGAGUCGAUCGGUAUCUGCUGCGGUCGAAGAGCACUCUGGGUGCUAAGUAGCACUGGUGGACGAUGUUGCCUUUCUAGAGGACGAUGAGGUUUAUCAGAUUAUCUUAUAGGAAAACUAUUUUUUGUCAUACUUCCACCCACAACAAUUGUUUUUUCAUUUUGGUGGUAAGACAUUUGUAGGUCCAGUUCAGAGAGAAGCCAGAGUCCUUUCAGAUUAACAAAAAAAAAAAAGAGAGAGAAAAAAAUCCUCCAGCUUUCUGGUCCAUUGGUCUGAAGGAAGUGUCCGUCGUCCCCGUGAAUACACUGCAACGCCUCUACGUGCAGUUGGUGACAUUUGGGUUCCCCAGCUGGGAGGGUUGUGUGAGCAGUACGUGGGGUACGGGAUAAGGACCUCGUCCGUUCCUUGCCUUGCCGCUUCAAUAUGCCAAGAGAAAUCAGAGCUCUACUCACGGAAAGUAGGCUUUUUCUGUUCUAGAGACAGUCUUCUCCUCUCUGUCUGCCCCGUUUUCUUCCUUACGCUGCAGCUGGCUGUGGUGGUCAGACUGUUACCGAUGUCAGCGUGUUCGACUGACCUGACUUGAGGGCUGUUGGGGAGGCAGGCUGAUCCGUGUUCCUGCUAGGAAGUACCAAACAGAUCCACCUGUAGUACUUGUAAAUGAAUGUAUCUCGCUGUCUGCACCAGCAGUACAGAUCAUAGGUUACUUUCUUUAAGUAGAAAGCCAAACGCAGUGAAGAAAGACAUAAAAUAAGGAUUUUACUGAAAAGCCUCGUAGGAACUUGUACAUUCAUGUUAGUGACGCAGCAGAGAGCUCGGGUAGAGCAGGUGGGAGCCGUGCUCUGGGGGCUGCGACCCAGGCAGCAAACGCAGCUUUUCUCCCGGUCCCUGCCUCUUCCGAGGCCGGAGGGUUUCAUGUUCUUCCCACUAACAUGGAAAUCCAGAGCUGGCCGGGAUUUCGGGAAGGACGUUCUCCUUGCUGACACGUACCCUGCAGGUUCUUGCUCAGUUGAGAGAUCUCUCAGCACACCCAAGACCUGUCCUUGCAUGUCCAAGAGCGGCCCGAGGAGGCAUCCCGAGGUGUCUGACGCAUCGCCCUCCUCUCCCAGACACCCGAUGGGUUGGCGGUAGAGCUGGGAGAGGAGCCCAGCCCUCCCGGCCCGCGGGCACACAGGCGCGGGUGCUCGGGGCGAUGCAAGCCUGCCCUGCCCCUGCUCCAAGCUGGCUGUCUUCAGGUUCGAACCACUAAGAAAGCUCAGGUGAGCGACGCACUAAAAAUUUCCACUUAAAGGCAUGAAGUCGGGCACGGCAGGCUGGCUCGGAGCCUGGGCUUGGUGGCGCGUGUGUUGUCUGCCCAGAUGUGGCCUUCAGUGGCAGCCCACCCUCUGGGCUCUUGGCGUUUCUAACGCCCUUCCCCAUCACCCAUUAACAGCACAAUAAUUUUCGCUGAUUAUUUCCAGUAAUCGGGCUCAAAAAACAUCAGCUCAACUUGAUACUUGAAAGCUGCCUUGCAGAGUAUUCACUGGGGACCCUCGGUGCCCGCAGGGACCUUCGUCCAGGGCGGAGGCUGCGGCGUUAACGAUCUUGCUGACCCGUGUGCCAGGUGACGAGGGGUAUUUUCAGGAUGGAACUGAAGCACGGUGCUGGGGCAAACCUUACUGUGACCCAUGGCGUGAAGGGAGGACAGCCAAUGCAUUUAAACAGAUGGAUCUGAUCUAAGAGAACGGUCGUUGCCCAAUUUCCUCUAUCUAAAAAAAUGGUUGAAUUUCUCCCUCCGUCUUAAAUGGUCAAAAAAAAAAACGGGAACUGGUUUUCUUUUUCUCUCCCGGCAUACUUGCGUAACUGCAAGGACCCUGGCGCUUUUUUCCUAAUUGAACUGGAUUUUUUUUUUUAAAAAAGAAAUCUUAUAUUUUAAUGGAUAAAAUUUAUAUAUUUUAAAUACUAUAUUUCAACAGAUUGACACUUUUGUUUUGAGAAAUCUUAUAGCAAUGAUUCCGUAAUAUAUAUCUCUCUAUCUCUCUAUCUCCUGAACACACAAACUACUAAAAAAAAAGGAUGUUUAAAGUCGUCUAGGGCCGGCUAGACCUGGCCUGCUCUGCCUACCCGCUGCGGCUCGUGGGCGAUGGCUUUUCCGGCGCGCCGCAGCCUCGUUAGGUGCGGAUUGAAGCAGGCGCUUUUGACCCAAACCGAAUCCUGCUCCUGUACCCAGCCGUGAAUUGGAAGGAAAUUAAAUAAUUAGAGCCUUGACCGGACCCAGAAGAGCAGCGCAGGGAGAAGUAGCGAUGGCCUGGAUCUGCCCUUUGCAGUGAAAUAAGCUCAGGAGGGAAACCCACAGCUUUUACUCCGAAUUCAUGCUGUUUUUUCCCAACAUUUUGAGCUAAAGCAUGCACUUCUCAAGCGCAUCUGGAUUUCUAAUUAUUUUUACAGACCCCCUUCUCCCUGCCCCUUCCCCACGGUUAAUCCCUUGAGCCCGGAUCAAACGUCCCGAAACGGUUUCCUUCUUUCUCGCAACGCUUGUGUGGGUUUCAUCCAGGCUUGGGCUGCCGGGCGCUCUCUGAGCAAGCCUACACCACAAAAAACUAGAUUUACACGCUGAAUGUAUCCUUUCUUUCCCCUCUUAAAAUAGAUUUCGCAGUCCAACGCACCAGGCCAGUGUCUUAAAUACCUUCUUUUUAAAAGAUUACAUAAAUAUUUAGGGGGUUUGUGUGUUAAUUUCCUCUUUCUAAAUCCGAGCUGGGUGGAAGUGCGGGAGGCAACGCCUGAGCUGGAGCUUGUCCCCAGGCAAAAGGAGCUUAAUGGGACCCCUCGCGCCCCCGGCUUCCCAAACCUCGCCUUCACUGGGCAGCCGGCUCCCCCCGAAAGAGAGAGCCCACGUCCCGGCAGCGCCGCUCGGCUCCCUAAGCAUCACGCACGGUCCACUGCAUCCGCAUUGAAGGAGACCUUUGGACAUGACGUCGCAAUCGUGUCAUGGAAGGGUUGCAGUCGCAGCAGCUUUCAGUAAAGCAUCAGGGUGGGAUCGAUCUUUUCUCGUGAGGUUGUGUGCCCGCAGGUUUUCAGUCCGAUGAAGCUGCUGGCUGCAUUUCUACGUUCGCUUCUCCAUCUCGUUGCUUAAGGACUGGGAGAAACAUGGGUCGUUUUCCAGCCGGCUCGCCUAGACCCUCUCGCCUUCUUCCUGAGCCAGCGAGAGCGCGACUGCCCUCGGCUGAAAUCCACCCGAGGCGGUGUCGGGUUCGAGACUUGAGGCGAUGGGAAGCUAGGAUGAUGUUUUAUUAAUUUAACACUCUGUAAGUUUGUGUAAGCUUGCACAAAAGAUAAUUGUAUAUAAUUACACUUAAAAGAGCAGGAAUUCCCAGCCUCCACCCUUUAAAGGUCGGGCAUGACGCUACCUUUGCCACAAAUGAUGCCAGCUGAGAAGUCAAAUACCUCUUGCUGAACGGUGGAUGCAGCACAAGAUCUGCAGAGGCUCUAAGAUGAAACCAAGUAUUUACUUACGCUUACAUGAAAGUCGUUUCUAACCCUCCUCCUUUCUGCAGCCACCUCCUCUCCGGGAUGACGGCAGUCCUUGCCGGCUGUGGGACGGCGCAGGCGUGCGAGCAUCCUCCCAAAAUGUGAAGCUGUCUUCUCUUGCGAGAAAAAAAAAAAAAAAAACAA